CUAUAUAAAGUCAUGUUAAGAGGCAAGCCUAUCUCACGUAUCAAGCAGGUAAACUAGUAUGGAGGACGGUUCCCCGCCAACAUCUCUUCUGUUGACCCUCUCCACCAACACCAUCAAACUACAAGCCUCGGACCAAAACCAUCAACCUUCCUCCCGUAAACCCUUCGAAGAGGUACGGGUGGAGAUGAAGCAACUCUUGAGCAUAGCCUUCCCCAUGAUCCUCGCCGGCCUCCUCCUCUAUGGCAAGUCCGCCAUUUCCAUGCUCUUCAUGGGCCGGCUGGGGACGGAGGCUCUCGCGGGCGGUUCCCUAGCCAUCGCCUUCGCCAACAUCACCGGCUACUCCAUCCUCUCGGGCCUCGCCUCCGGCAUGGAGCCCAUCGCCUCCCAAGCCUUCGGAGCCAAGCGCUUCCACCUCAUGGGUCACGCCCUCCAGCGCACCACCACCAUCCUCCUCGCCACUUCCAUCAUCAUCUCUUUCCUUUGGAUCCACUCCAAACCCAUCCUCCUCCUCUGCGGCCAAGACCCUUCCAUCACCGCCAUUGCCUCCACCUACCUCAUCUCUUCCACACCAACCCUCUUCCUCCAAUCCUUCAUCCACCCUCUCAAGAUCUACCUCCGGUCGCAGAACCUCCUGCUGCCGCUCACCGCCGCAGCAUGCCUAGCAUUAGUCCUCCAUGCGCCGAUCAGCUACUGGUUCGUGUACUUGCUCGGCCUCGGCACACGAGGGAUCGCGAUGGCGGCCUUCGUGUCGGACCUCAGCUUGCUGAGCACCAUGGUGGCCUACCUUCACCUCACGAGCUCGCACUGCAAGUCGUGGCCCGGGUGGUCAUUAACCGAGUGCUUCAAGCAGUGGCAGCCGCUCCUCAGCCUCGCUGCUCCGAGCUGCGUCACGGUGUGCCUCGAGUGGUGGUGGUACGAGCUCAUGAUCAUUCUCUCGGGACUAUUAGACAAUGCAGCCGACGCCGUGGCAGCGAUGGGAAUCCUCAUGCAGGCGACGUCCCUCGUAUACGUGGUUCCCUCGGCGCUGGGCCUUGCGGUGUCGACGAGGGUAGGCCACGAGCUAGGGGCAGGGCGGCCGGAGCGGGCACAGAAGGCCGCGAAGGUGGCGUUGGGGUGCGCAGCAGCAGCCGGGGCGGCGGCGGCGGGGGCCGCAGUGGUGGGGAGGGGAAAGUGGGGGUGGGCGUUCACAGGGGAUGCGGCGGUGGCAAGGCUUGCGGCGGCGGCAAUGCCGGUGGUGGGGCUGUGCGAGCUGGGGAACUGCCCGCAGACGGCGGGAUGCGGGGCGCUGCGGGGGAGCGCGCGGCCGGGGCUCGGUGCGGGGAUCAACAUGGGGGCGUUCUACGGGGUGGGGAUGCCGGUGGCGGUGGCGAUCGGGCUGAGGAUGGGGAUGGGGCUGGUGGGGCUGUGGAUGGGCAUGGUGGCGGCGCAGGCGGCGUGCGCGGCGGCGGUGGUGUGGGUGGUGGCGAAGAUGGACUGGGGGUUUGAUGUUGCUGUAAAUAUACUAAUCUGA